AGACUAGCCUGGAGGCCCAGGUAAUCUUUUACAGGGAGAGUGCUCAAGAGAAUAAGACUUAUCAAUGGUUUCGUACUUAUUCAUACAUUAAAAUUUAGGAUUAUUUAUUGGGAAGAUUCACAAGGCUUCUGUCAUAUUAGUAGGAAAGGAUAAAAAGAGUUACAUAUUUUUAAAUAGCUUGCUUUACAUGUGCUUUUAAAAAUAUUUCACUUUUAUUAAAAAUUCACCUGUGUGAAGCUAGAAAAUUUGAAAAGUUGAAACAUGAUUUUUAAAAAUCUCCUUUCCUUGUAAAUGAAGAAGGAAAUUCCAUGUUGUGUUUGUUGGCUGGUUUUAAUAUAAUAGAGGAGUCUUCAUGGAGAUUUUUCAGGUUUUAAAAUUAAACUGUAUCUUAUUGUUCCUAUAUACUAAACUACAGAACUAAAAUCUUACUUGCACAAAUAUUAUUUGGUGGGAAAAAUCCUGGCACAUUUCUGAAUGACUUCCUGCUUUAAUGUGUGUGCCUCUGUCUGUGUGUAGGUGUGUGUGUAGGUGUGUGUGUCCCUGUACAUGGUAUUUUAAAACACCUCAAUUUUUUUCCUUUACUUGACAGGAUCUGAUUGACAUCUUUCUAUGUCUUAUAAAAAGAACCAACUCUUCCAAUUUGACAUCUUGUUGAACAUAUAUCUACUGAGGUUCAUGGUAUAAGUUCAGACAAUUUUACUUAAGGUUUCUGGGAUACAUAUAUGGAAAUAAAAGAAGGAACUCUAACCUGAUCAUGGAUUUCGAAGAAAGACUCCUCAACACACAAAGGAAAAGAUAAUAACUAGUGCACAGCCCUCAGGAAUGAUGUCCUUUUGCCACAAUAUAAUUAAUAUCUCCUGUGUGAAAAGCAGCUGGUCAAAUGACGUCCGUGCUUCCCUGUACAGUUUAAUGGUGCUCAUAAUUCUAACCACAGUGGUUGGCAAUCUAAUAGUUAUUAUUUCUAUAUCACACUUCAAGCAACUUCAUACCCCAACUAAUUGGCUCAUUCAUUCCAUGGCCACUGUGGACUUUCUGCUGGGGUGUCUGGUCAUGCCUUAUAGUAUGGUGAGAUCUGUUGAGCACUGCUGGUAUUUUGGAGAAGUCUUCUGUAAAAUUCACACCAGCACUGAUAUUAUGCUGAGCUCAGCAUCAAUUUUUCAUUUGUCCUUCAUUUCCAUUGACCGCUACUAUGCUGUGUGUGACCCAUUGAGAUACAAAACUAAGAUCAACAUGUUGGUUAUUUUUGUGAUGAUCUUCAUUAGUUGGAGUAUUCCUGCUCUUUUUGCAUUUGGAAUGAUCUUUCUGGAGCUAAACUUCAAAGGAGCUGAAGAGAUGUAUUACAAACACAUUCACUGCAUAGGGAGUUGCUCUGUCUUCUUCAGCAAAACAUCUGGGGUUCUGGCCUUUCUGACUUCUUUCUAUAUACCUGGCUCUAUUAUGAUAUGCAUCUAUUGUAGAAUAUAUUUCAUAGCGAAAGGGCAGGCAAGAUCAAUUCAUGAUGCAAAUCAGAAAUUUCGAAUUGGGUUGGAAGAGAAAAAUGGAAUUUCACGAAGCAGAGAAAGGAAAGCUACGAAGACUUUAGGGACUGUGAUGGGAGUUUUCUUCACAUGCUGGUGUCCUUUCUUUGUCUGCACAGUCAUGGAUCCUUUCCUGGACUAUACUAUUCCACCCAUCCUGAACGAUGCAUUUAUUUGGUUUGGCUACUUGAAUUCCACUUUAAAUCCAAUGGUUUAUGCAUUUUUCUAUCCCUGGUUCAGAAGAGCACUGAAGAUGAUUCUAUUUGGUAAAAUUUUCCAAAAAGAUUCAUCUAGAUGUAAAUUAUUUUUAGAAUUAAAUCCAUAGAAUUAUUAGA